AUGGCAGCCACGAACACGACGACGACGACGACGACGCUGAGCAUGAAGCUCCUCAUCGACAGGAAGGCGCAGCGGCUGCUGUUCGCGGAGGCGAGCAAGGACGUGGUGGACUUCCUCUGCUCCCUCCUCGUCCUGCCCGUCGGCGCGGCCGUCAAGCUGCUCGGGAAGGAAGGCGUGGCGGGGAGCGUCGGCAGCCUCUACGGCAGCGUGGAGGGCCUCGACUACACCUACAUCCAGCCGGGCGCCGCCAAGGACGCGCUGCUCCGCCCCGCCGUGCUCUGCUCGCUCGACAGCUCCUCCCUCCUCCGCCUGCUGCCGCCGCAGCCUGCCGCACCUACAUCACCGAACGCGUACGGCAAGGCGUGCCCGACCUGUGGCAACCACAUGACGGCCGCCGCGCAGUACCUCCCGCCGGCCGCCGGCGGCCAGAUGCCCGUCGCCGGGUUCGUGCGGGGCGUCGUCACGUACACGGUCAUGGACAACCUCACCGUCAUGCCCAUGUCCGCCAUCUCCAGCUUCACGCUGCUCAACGCCUUCGCCGUCACCGACCUCGCCGCGCUGCAGGAGAAGACCGUGCAGCUUGGCUACAAUGAGGGUUUAGAGAUUCUCAGGGCCUCGCUGCAGUCCAAAACUGUCCUGAGUGAUGUGUUCCUCGGCAGGAAAGGUUCCGGUGAUGCUUCAAGCUAA